GCCACCACCUCCCAUACCAUCCACCUCCAUGUCCUCGCCAGAUCCGAUCGACCCCGCCGGCUCCGCGCCGGCGAUGGACGCCGCGCUCCCCUCCGCCGUCCUCGCCACCAUCCUCUCCCGCCUCGACGUCCGCUCCCUCCUCCUCGCCGCCUCCGCCUGCCGCUGCCUCCGCUCCUGCGCCGCCAGCGCCCUCUCCUUCCUCCCCGCCUUCCACCUCCUCGAGGUGGCGCUCACGCACGACCUGCUCCGCCCGCUGCUGCCGCGCAACCCGAGCCUGCGGAGCCUCCGGCUGGACUGCGAGAAGCUAGAGGACGCCGCCGUCGACUGCCUCGCCCGCCCCGGCCUGCACGAGCUCACCCUCCUCAACUGCAACAACAUCAGCGGCCGCCUGCUCCGCGAGCUCUCCGCCACCUGCCGGGAUCUCAGGGUGCUGUCUCUGAACUCCCUCGGGGAGCGUAGGGGCCUGGCGAUGCGAUUCUCUGAUCUCCGGGCAUUGCUCCAUGGAUGUUCCAAUUUGGAGUCUCUCAGCCUGGCACUUGAUUUCUCAAAGUUCGAUGACGCCAACUUUAGCCAUGUGUGGUCAUCUGCUUCCCAAGGCCUGCUCUCUCUUGAAGUCGGCUACAUUCCACUGUCAAUGUUGCUUGACCUUCUGACCGUGGCUAUCGAGGCGCAACAGUGCAUGGAUUAUAUCAAGGCACCGGUGUUUUUUCCUAGCCUUCAGAAGUUGUGCCUCUCGGUUGACUUCAUCACCGACCAAUUGAUUGGGUCCAUAUCAACAGCACUUCCGUCGUUGACACAUCUGGACCUUCAGGAUGCACCGAUCAUGGAACCUGAAUCUGCAACAGAUCUCACAAAUGCUGGUCUUCAGCAGAUCAAUCCCAAGGGCAAGCUGAAGCACAUCUCUCUCAUUAGAAGCCAGGAGUUCUUGUUCACGUCUUUCCGACGUGUGAAUGAUCUGGGAAUUUUGCUGAUGUCUGAGAAGUGCUCCAAACUUGAGAGCAUCUGCCUUGGUGGUUUCUCCCGUGUAACAGACACUGGGUUUAGGGCUAUCAUCCACUCUUGUUCAGGUCUUCAUAAGCUUAAGGUGUCUAAUGGAAGCCGUUUCACUGAUCUUGUUUUCCAUGACAUUGUUGCCACUUCCCUCUGCCUAACACAUGUGAGUCUGAGAUGGUGUAAUCUGCUAACUGAUGUUGGGAUCGAGAGGCUGUCAUUCAACAAGGAUCUCAAUGUAUUGGAUCUGAGAGAUUGCAAGAGUCUGGGUGAUGAAGCUGUGAGAGCUCUGAGCUGCCUUCCCAGGCUGCACGUAUUGUUGUUGGAUGGAAUUGAUAUCACCAAUGAAGCAUUGAAGUAUUUGGGUGCUGGAGCAUGCCCGCUAUCUUCAUUAUCUUUGAGGGGCUGCUAUAAGCUAACAAAUGAUUGCAUACCGUUGCUGUUUGCUGGUUCUAUUAAAAAGACCCUGCAUGUCUUGGAUCUCUCAAGAAUCCCAAGUAUCACUGAUGAUGGUGUCAUGCUGAUAGCACAGAGCCGAACUCCUCUUACUGAGCUCCGACUGCGAGAGAAUCAGAAAAUAGGUGAUGCUACCGUGAUGGCUCUUGCGUCCAUGCAAUUCGAUGGUGGAACUUACGGCAGCACCUUGCAGCUGCUGGAUCUUUAUGACUGCUGUGGGAUCACACCGCUCGCAAUGCGGUGGUUUAAGAAGCCGUACUUCCCAAGAUUGCGCUGGCUAGGACUAACAGGCAGCUUGAACAGGAUUAUGGUGGAUGCCCUUGUCCGAAGCCGCCCGUUCUUACACAUGUCGUGCACUGGCGAUGAACUGGGGACUUCAUACUGGGAUGCGUCUGCCGAUUGGUAUCGGCAUGAUGACGACGAUUCUGAAGAACUUGAGGCAUGGCAGUUAGAUGGUGAGCCAGUAUCUGACGCUGAAACUGCCACGGAAGAAUAAUGCUUUGUUGCCGUGUGCCGUGUUUGCUUGUCAUCAUUAGUCUGAUUAUCAGCCAUUUGUUGAUUUCUUGUUGUACCACCAUAUAAGACAUUUUUCUUGCUGUUACCUUUCCUCAUGUGUCAGUUCCUUGUGUAUGUGGCAACAUGUUUGUUGUUAAAUCUCGCUAUGUAUGUUGUAUUCGGAUUCUAGACGCCGUAUACGCAAGAAACCUCUGAUGUUAUGCAAUACCUGACGGAUGUAAUCGUUAUUGAAUAAAUGAAGUGUCUGCUGUGA